ACAAACCAGCCCCUCCCACUCUCUAUAUAUGUAGUACACGAUUACCACCUAAUAAUAUAGUAGUAUGGUGAUGUCGGUGUGUACACUGUAUGGUGAUGUUGGUGUGUGUACACUGUAUGGUGAUGUUGAUGUGUGUACAUUGUAUGGUGAUGUUGGUGUAUAUACUCUGUAUGGUGAUGUUGGUGUGUGUACACUGUAUGGUGAUGUUAGUGUGUGUACACUGUAUGGUGAUGUCGGUGUGUACACUGUAUGGUGAUGUCGGUGUGUGUACACUGUAUGGUGAUGUCGGUGUGUGUACACUGUAUGGUGAUGUUGGUGUGUGUACACUGUAUGGUGAUGUUGGUGUGUGUACACUGUAUAUGGUGAUGUUGGUGUGUGUACACUGUAUGUGGUGAUGUUGGUGUGUGUACACUGUAUGGUGAUGUUGGUGUGUGUACACUGUAUGGUGAUAUUGGUGUGUGUACACUGCGGUACAGUGAUGUUGGUGUGUGUACACAAAAAUGAGCUGUUUAAGCAAACUAGACACUUUCAUGGAUUGCUUUAACUGCUAAUGAGACGAUGGUUGAAAAAUAACAGGUUAAAACUUGUAGGCGAUCUUCGAAGGCGACAAAAAACACUAUUUUCUAAUCGAUAUUAUUGUUGCUUUAUAGAUUCACGAUCAUUCCUUACAAUGAUGUUAUAAUGAAGUCAUUACGGUAAAAAGUUAUUGUAUCCAUUUUGCCGCUAUGCGCGUACGCGUGCAAUGAAGCUCAAUGCACGGGGUGAAUGCUCUAUCAGAAUCUUGCAUUUUCUACGAAAACUGGGAGUGUAAUUAAAAGAAGCUAUGAAUAAAUUAUUAUAAAGGAAGUAAAAACAAGGCGGUUGUGUAGUAACAAUCACAUUGAAACCUUCUCACUGUCAAGAAAUAAUUAGAGAUGACACUAAUAGAGAUAAUAAAGCUCAUUACAGUUCUUCUGAUUUGCUUUCUGGCUGGCUUCAGCACUGGUAAGACUGACUAUUCAAUUAUAGAUUUCCUUACAUUGACACUGCAUGUUUCAUAAAGCACAAUAUUCAGUGAGUGUGGAGAGACCAUGUCCAAUGGAAACAGUCAUUUUCACCUGCACUGCUCCUGGAGAUUUCUUGAGAUGGGUACCAUCAGAUGUUUCUGCUCCAAUCACUAUCCUCUCUACUGCUGAUCUCAAUGUACCACAAGAAACGCAGCCAGGUUACACUUUGACACUGAUUGCAUUCAGUAGCACUACAUUAACAUCUACUCUGUCAAGAAUAGCAGAGAAUGGGAUCACAGUGUCCUGUGUGGGGUUUGAUCCUACUUUAAAUACUAUAGGAUCUGCAACAAUCCAAUUAGUUGAACCACCAGGACCACCUUCCAGCAAAAGACACUCGAUUCUGAGGAUCUCAGCCAAUGCAGUCAAUGUAUCUGUACAGUGGAACCCUCCUACUGAGACUGGUGGUAGAGAUGACCUCACCUACACAGUGACCAUCUCACCUCCGGCCCAGCUCUCCGCUGUUGUCCUCACAUCCACCUCUGUCACUGUGACUGCUCAAUACAAUGUGGACUACACUGUCAGUGUUGUGGCUACCAACUGUGCUGGGAACAGUACAGCAGCUGCCUACAAUUUUAGAAUCGGUGGCUGUCCUGUGUUGAAUGGAGCGUUUGGACCAACCACCAGCAGAUUGCCAGGAUCUACAGCAACCAUCCAGUGUGACGCUGGGUAUGUGUCUGCUGUUACAAUGGUGACAUGUGAGGAUACACUGAUGUGGAGUCCAAACCCCGAUAUUGAGUGUACAUUGCAAACCACACCUUCUCCUAUACCGUUCCCUCCGAUGAACUGCACAGCUCCUCUAUCCCUACCAAGGAAUGGCACCAUCAGUGAUCAUUCCAUACCAGCUAUUCCCGGUACACAAGUGACCUUCCAGUGUGACAAUGGACUAUUCCCUGAGGCCAUAAUGAAUGUCACUUGUCUAGCUACAGGAGAGUGGGACAAGAUCCCAGGGGAGAUCGUCUGCAGAAAUGAGUCUAUUUCGUGUGUCCUGCCUGCCCCUCCACUCAAUGGAGCUUUACUCAACACCACGUCUCAGAAUACUAACCUAAUAGAGGGCUCAGUUAUUACCUUCCAAUGUGAUCCUGGGUUCUCACUGGUGGGUGCAACGACUGCCACUUGUAACAACUCUGGUCUCUGGGAUCCUGACCUGGCUCUGUUGGAGUGUUCUCUGACUGCUACCACCCUAUCAACUGUUGUAACUGUUGCCAUCGGUGUUACUACUACUUUCAUUGUGUCUACUCUAUUUCUCGCUGGACUCCUAGUGAUGUACUUGUUUAUGCGUAAGAAGGCAGUGUACUUCACAAGAAAAAUAGCAUUAUCUGUUGUAGAACCCACUAAACCAGUUGGUCCUGUUUAUGAGGAGGUGUUACCCAAAAAGGAUAUUGAACUGAACACUAACCAGGCGUACAGACCAGUAGGACCACCCAAAGAGGAUAUUGAACUACAUACUAACCAGGCGUAUGGACCAUUAGGACUGUGAAACUUUGUGCUACUAACAUUUAUAUCUAGCCAGUAAGUAUUACAAUGUACCAUAUCAUUAUCAGGGUUUCAUACAAAAGGCCGCGGGGGGGGGGCGCCCUGGGAUUUCCCACCCCCAUGCAGCCAACCCCCCCC